UGAUUAUGAGUGAUUCCUGUAUUUACGACAGUGUCAACGUACCGGAAGAAGUGCCAUGCUGGCAAGGUUGUCGUGGAAGUGUAACUUGUGACAAAGUAUUUUCACAACUGACAGGAACGUUUUAUCAAUUUUCUACUUGAAAUCUGUUCCAGGAUCAACUCAAAAUGCAUGACGGCGGUGGAGCGACGAAUCCCAUCAAAAUCUUCGCCAACAUUUUUAUCUCGUUCGUUGGAGCCGGCGGGUUGGGACUUCCAUACGCAUUUAGAACGGCUGGAAUUUUGGAAGGCGUCCUAAUUCUUGGAUUUGUAUCAAUUGUGAGUGUCAAAGCCAUGCUGAUGCUGAUCGACUGCAAGUACAAGCUUGAAGAAAGACUGGAUGUCCGCCGGAAAUUCAAGAUAGUCAGCAAGGAGAAAGAAGACGAUGUCGAAGGGAAGGAGUUACUGAAAGACGUGGACGGGAUGUCGGGGGAGGCUUUGACUCAAAACGGAGGGGCGAGCGGUCAACAGAGGAAGAACUCAGAUGAUUCAGCCGGUGCCAAGAAUGAAAUAGACUAUGGUGAUGUUGGUUUCUAUGCACUUGGAAGCAAAGGCAAAGUUAUUGUUGACUUCUCUAUAGUGAUAUCCCAAGUUGGUUUUUCCUGCGCCUACCUGAUCUUCAUCUCCAGUAACCUGGUCACGUUUGUCCCCGGCCUCAGCAAACACGGCUGGAUCGCCCUGAUGAUGGCACCUCUGACUCUACUGUGCUUAUUGAGACAUCUCAACCGAUUAGCAGUCUUCAGCUUGUUUGCAGACUUUGCCAAUAUAUUUGCGUAUUCCGUCGUCUUCUGGUUUGACUUUGAGCAUGUGCAAAACGUUCGUAUACACCCAAAACAGAUGUCUCUAGUCGGAUUCCCAUUUUUUCUCGGCAUUGCAUUCUAUUGCUACGAGGGAGCUGGCAUGAUUUUGGCUUUAGAAUCGUCUGUUUUACCGACCAAGAGGCAUAUGUUUAGAAAAAUUUUUAUAUUUGCGCUGAUCAUAGUAACGACACUGUACAUCAGUUUUGGCGUGUGCGGAUAUCUGUCUUUUGGACCCUCAACAGAAAGCAUCAUCACGUUAAACCUUCCUGAAGGUAUUGUUCCCGAACUGGUCAAGAGCUGUCUGUGCUUCUCGCUGUUCUUCACAUAUCCUGUCAUGAUGUUCCCAGUGGUCAUUACACUGGAGAGACGAUUGAUGCACGACAAGCACAAGUCCACAUUCUAUGGGAACAUACUUCGCUCAGGCAUGGUAAUGGUGACGGGCUUGGUUGUUAUCCUGAUACCCAAUAUAGCAACGUUGAUGGCUCUUAUAGGAGCGACAUGCUGCACUUUGCUGGCCUUCGUCCUACCUGGCAUAUUCCACAUGAGAAUAUUCAAAGAGUCGCUGACGAGAAGACAGUUGGCGUUUGACAUCUUUCUGAUAGUCAUGGGAAUCAUUGCUGCGUGUUUUGGCACUUGGGAUGCCCUGAAGCGACUGUUCCCGGGUUUGGUGCCGGAGAAUCUUAUUUCCCUCGGAACAACCUCAGACGCACCAAUGUCUACGGGGGACUUGCAACCUAUCCUGGGUCUGAUGAAUGGAACAGCUGACAUAUAGUAUUGACAGAAACAGUGCUGUAUCAUAUCAAUCAAGGCAGUCACAAGUCAGUAACAAGUCAGUAACAAGUCAGUCACGUGUCAGUCACAUGUCAAUCACAUGUCAAUCACAAGUCUUCCAGUCUCCUAAGUCAAGUUACAUGCUAUUCAAUACGCCAUUUGCGAGUAACCUUCACCCUUUGGGAUUUACAUUUGAAAAACAUCGGUACACUGACUUGUUUAGAAUG